AUGGAUCAGAUGGAUUGUAAACCUUAUCAACCACUGCCGAAAGUUAGGUGCGAAAUGGAAUUGGCAUACACUAGUUCUUCUGAUGAAAGUGAAGAUGGCAGAAGCCCCCACAAAUCCUACAAUUCUAGAGAAACACUUCAUGAAUUCAAUAAGGAGCUGAGGAUGAAUUACAACAGUCAUAAGAAGGAUAUCAUGCAAACGGUGGAGGAAUCCAGACAAGCCUUGGAAUUCUGUGAGGCUCCACCAAUGUUAUGUGGUGGAUAUCAGGCAGAUAUGUGUGAUCCUUCCCAGCAUGGAUACCCUAUGAUAAUAGGCUCUGAUGUUGAUACCGAGACAGAAGGGGCUGCAUCUCCUGAUCAUGCUUUAAGAUUGUGGAUGCGAGAAAUCAAAUCUGAACAUAGCUCUUGCCUAUCGAGCCGUGCGAAUUCAAUGCUUUCUCUCACUGACACUGAACAGGAAAGGAAGUCAGAUGCAGAAAAUGAACUACCUGCUGGUUCUCACAGCAAAUUCACUUUCAGACCCCUGCCACCACCACCCCCACCGCCACAUGGUUGCACUUGUAGAAGCCAGCAAACUCAAUCCUUGGACUCCCUGCAGAGAAAUGCAAUGACUGCACGAAGCCAACCCAGUCCAGCUUCCACAGAGCCUCCUGCCGGUGCCCAGCAAGACUCAACACAGCUACACAACAGCUGGGUACUUAACAGCAACAUUCCUUUGGAGACCAGGCAUUUCCUAUUUAAACCAGGAUCUGGUACAUCCAGCCUCUAUGGUACCACCAAUCCAAGCUAUCCUUUGACCUCCAAUACUGUUUAUUCUCCACCUCCGAGACCCCUUCCUAGAAGUACCUUUUCCAGACCUGCCUUCACUUUCAAUAAACCUUACAAGUGCUGCAACUGGAAGUGCACAGCACUGAGUGCAACAGCCAUUACUGUAACACUAGCACUCCUCCUCGCUUAUGUUAUUGCAGUGCACCUGUUUGGCCUGACCUGGCAGCUGCAGCCAGUACAUGGACAACUCUACGAGAAUGGGGGAAGCAAAUCUUUCACUGGGCUGGAAAACCUGGAUACCACUUCAUCACCCAUGGGCGGAAAAGGUUCAGACAAAGAUGACAUGAAAGGCGAGAAAGGCAAAAUGAAUGUGUUUCAGCGAGGCAGAGCCAUUGACACAGGAGAAGUAGAUAUUGGAAUGCAGGUCAUGCAGACCAUCCCACCGGGUCUGUUCUGGCGGUUCCAAGUCACCACAGAUCAUUCCCUCUAUCUGAAAUUUAAUGUGUCAUUGGCAAAAGAUGCCUUAUUAGGGAUUUAUGGGCGGCGGAACCUUCCACCCACACACACCCAGUUUGAUUUUGUGAAGCUCUUGGAUGGCAAGCAGUUGAUUAAACAGGAGACCAACCCUCCAGACAAAUCAAAACACACACCUCGGAAUUUGAUCCUGAUGGCCCUUCAGGAGGCAGGAUUCAUUGAAUAUAUGGAUCCGGGAACUUGGCACUUUGCCUUCUACAAUGAUGGGAAGAAAAUGGAACAAGUGUUUGUGCUUACUUCUGUGAUAGAAUCGAUGGAUGAAUGUUCUACCAAUUGCAAUGGGAAUGGGGAAUGUAUCUCUGGCCACUGUCACUGUUUUCCAGGAUUUCUUGGGCCUGACUGUGCACGAGACUCCUGCCCUGUCCUCUGCAGUGCGAAUGGUCAAUAUGAAAAAGGUCACUGCUUGUGCCAUGGUGACUGGAAGGGGCCAGAAUGUGAUGUACCAGGAGAUCAGUGUAUUGAUCCAACCUGCCAUGGCCAUGGCACAUGCGUCGCAGGGCAUUGUAUCUGUGUUCCUGGCUAUCGAGGUGAAAGCUGUGAAGAAGAAGACUGUUUGGACCCGACAUGUUCUGGCCAUGGUGUGUGUGUACAGCGUGAAUGUCACUGUGCUGCUGGCUGGGGAGGGCUCAAGUGUGAAGUUCCAGCAGCUGUUUGCAAUGAGCAAUGCUCAGGCCAUGGGACCCUAUUGCCAGAAACAAAUACCUGUAACUGUGACCACAACUGGACAGGGCCUGACUGCUCAACAGAAAUUUGUAAGGUGGAUUGUGGCAAGCACGGUGUAUGCUUAGAUGGGUUAUGCCACUGUGAGAAGGGUUGGGGCAGCCUAACUUGUGACCAGCAUGAAUGCCACCCACGUUGCACUGAACAUGGAAAAUGUAAGGAUGGUAAAUGUCAGUGCAGUCCGGGCUGGGAGGGAGAGCACUGCACCGUUGCACAACAUUUGGAUAACGUUGUAAAAGAGGGAUGUCCUGGUUUGUGCAAUGGAAAUGGAAGAUGUACAUUGGAUCAAAAUGGAUGGCAUUGUGUUUGCCAGGCGGGCUGGAGUGGGACAGGAUGUAAUGUCAUCAUGGAAAUGGUGUGUGACGAUAACAGAGAUAACGAUGGAGAUGGUUUAACAGACUGCAUGGACCCAGACUGUUGCAAGCAAACAAUUUGUUACACUGGUCAGCUUUGCCAAGGAUCACCUGACCCUCUUGACCUGAUCCAGCAAAGUCAAUUGCCUUUUCCUCUGCAUCCACCCAGACGCUUCUAUGAUAGGAUAAAGUUCCUGGUUGGGAAAGACAACACACAUGUACUCCCCAGUGAUGGUCUCUUUGACAACAGCCGCGUUUGUGUCAUUCGAGGACAGGUGGUGGCAGUGGAUGAGACCCCAUUGGUCGGUGUGAACAUCAGCUUUUUGCAUCAUGUGGAUUAUGGAUACACGAUCAGCCGUCAGGAUGGCAGCUUUGAUCUUGUAGCAAUUGGAGGAAUCUCUGUCACACUUGUCUUUGAGCGUGCUCCCUUCAUCACUGAAAACCGUACCCUCUGGUUACCAUGGAACAGAUUUGUUGUUGUGGAUAAAGUCAUCAUGAAGGGAGUAGGAUCUCAAGCUCCUACCUGUGAUAUCAGUAGCUUUGCUACACUGAACCCAAUUGUCCUUCCUUCGCCCCUGACCACGUUUACAGGAUCUUGUCCGGAGAGAGGCCCAGCCAUCCCAGAAAUACAAGUUGCACAGGAAGAGAUUGCUAUCCCAGCCAGCUUUGUGAAGCUCAGUUACCUCAGCAGCCGUGCUCCGGGGUAUAAAUCACUCUUGAGGAUUAUCAUGACUCAUGCCUUUAUUCCAACUGGACUAAUCAAGGUUCAUCUCAUGAUUGCUAUUGAGGGACGGCUCUUUCAGAAAUGGUUUCCUGCUGGACCUGACCUGGCUUACACUUUCACAUGGAACAAAACAGAUGUUUAUGGCCAGAAGGUUUCUGGCCUCAUUGAAGCAGAAGUUUCUGUGGGAUAUGAAUAUGAAACCUGCCCUGAUUUGAUACUGUGGGAGAAAAGGACAGCAAUUCUACAGGGGUUUGAAAAGGAUGCUUCCAAUCUAGGUGGCUGGUCUUUGGACAAACAUCAUGUUCUAAACAUACAAAGUGGAAUUCUGCACAAAGGAAAUGGUGAAAACCAGUUUAUAUCCCAGCAACCACUUGUCAUUACAAGCAUCAUGGGAAAUGGUCGUCAACGGAGCGUUGCUUGUCCAAACUGCAACAGCCUGGCACAUGACAAUAAACUCUAUGCACCAGUUGCUGUGGCAUGCGGCCCAGAUGGCAGUGUCUACAUCGGGGACUUCAAUUUUGUACGCCGGAUCUUUCCAUCUGGAAAUGCCAUAAAUAUUUUAGAAUUGAGAAACCGAGACAUGAGACACAGCCACAGUCCUGCUCACAAGUACUACCUAGCCGUGGACCCCGUUUCUGGAUUGCUUUAUUUGUCAGAUACCAGCAGCAGGAAAGUAUACAGAGUGAAGUCCCUUAUUCAAACCAAAGACCUCCUAAGGAAUUCUCAGGUGGUGGCUGGAACUGGAGAUCAGUGUCUCCCAUUUGAUCAGAACCAUUGUGGAGAUGGGGGCAAAGCAUCUGAAGCCUCUCUCACCAGUCCCAGAGGGAUUGCUGUUGAUAAGUAUGGAUUCAUCUUCUUUGUGGAUGGAACUACCAUUCGAAGGGUUGAUCAGGAUGGUGUAAUCACAACGAUAAUAGGUUCCAAUGGCCUAACCUCAACCCAACCUCUGAGCUGCGACUCAGUCAUGGAUAUUUCUCAGGUGCGCCUUGAAUGGCCGACUGAUCUGGCUGUCAACCCCAUCGAUAAUUCCCUCUACGUGCUCGAUAACAACAUUGUACUACAGGUCUCAGAAACCAGUCGUGUACGGAUUGUUGCAGGCCGGCCUAUCCAUUGCCAGGUACCAGGCAUCAACCAUUUUCCCAUGAGCAAGGUAGCUGUUCACUCCACGCUGGAGUCAGCCAGAGCCAUUGCUGUUUCUCACAGUGGAGUACUUUACAUUGCGGAGACAGAUGAGAGAAAGAUCAACCGCAUACAGCAGGUCACUACCAAUGGUGAGAUCUUCAUUUUUGCUGGCACAUCAACAGAAUGUGACUGCAAGAUUGACCCCAACUGCAACUGCUUCUCAGGUGAUGGUGGCUAUGCCAAGGAUGCAAAGUUGAAAACACCAACCUCCUUGGCCGUUUCUCCAGAUGGUACAUUGUACAUAGCGGACCUUGCCAACAUCCGCAUCCGAGCAGUGAGGAGGAAUAAACCCCGCUACAACCACUUGAAUGUUUAUGAAGUGGCUUCACCAGCAGAUCAAGAGCUGUACCUCUUUAACAUUAAUGGGACCCACCUGAAUACAUUGAACUUAAUAACGGGAGAUUAUGUUUAUAACUUCAGUUACACAAGUGAGGGCGACGUUAGCACCAUUACCGGCAACAAUGGCAAUUCACUACAUAUUCGAAGAGAUGCUAAUGGUGCACCUCAAUGGCUUGUGGUGCCUGGUGGUCAGGUAUAUUGGUUAACUAUCAGCAACAAUGGGGCCUUGAAAAGGGUAUCUGCCCAGGGCCAUGACUUAGCAAUGAUGACAUACCAUGGCAACACCGGUCUGCUGGCAACAAAGAACAAUGAAAAUGGCUGGACAACAGUUUACGAGUAUGACAGUGAUGGUCAUCUGACAAAUGUGACUUUUCCUACUGGCCAAGUCAGCAGUUUCUAUCGUGAUGUGGACAAAUCAGUACAAGUGGAAGCAAAUCUAUCCAACAGAGAGAACUUCGCUAUCACGGCCAACUUCUCAGCUACCAAUGCUGUGUAUAUAUACAGGCAAGAGCACAUUCAAAAUACCUACCGGGUUGGCCCUGAUGGAUCUUUGGAAGUAACUUUUGCCAGCGGGAUGGAAUUGACUCUACAGACAGAACCUCACCUCUUGGCUGGAGUUGCAAAUCCAACUAUGGGAAAACGUAACAUUUCAUUGCCGACUGAACACAAUCCGAACAUAGUGGAGUGGAGGCAGAGAAAGGAGCAGACCAAAGGCAACCUUGCUGUCUUUGGAAGGAGAUUUAGGGCUCAUAACAGAAACCUGCUGUCUAUAGACUUUGACCGUCGCACUAGAAUUGGAAAGAUCUACGAUGACCAUCGAAAGUUUACUCUCAAGAUUCAGUAUGAUCAAUUGGGACGUCCAGUUCUUUGGGCACCCAGCAACAAGUUCAAUGAGGUCAAUGUCACUUAUUCCCCUAUGGGGCUGCUGACAGGCAUUCAGCGGGGAACUUGUAUUGAAAGAAUGGAAUAUGAUCAGAGUGGCAGGAUUAUAUCCAGAGUGCUGGCAGAUGGGAAAAUAUGGAGUUACACUUACUCGGAAAAGUCUGUGACGCUUCUUUUGCACAGCCAACGAAGGUACAUAUUUGACUACGAUCAGACUGAUAGACUAUUCUCAGUCACCAUGCCCAGUAUGGUUCGACACACUUUGCAGACCAUUUGUUCUGUGGGAUAUUAUAGGAACAUCUACAGUCCACCUGACAGCAGUGCCUCCAUCAUACAGGAUUACAAUGAGGACGGGCGCUUGCUUCAAACUUUGUACUUGGGGACAGGACGAAUGGUGGUCUACAAGUACACUAAACUGUCUAAGUUUUCUGAGAUUGUUUACGAUACCACGCAGGUCAAUUUCACUUAUGAUGAAGCAGCCGGUGUGAUUAAAACCAUCCAGUUGAUACAUGAAGGAUUUACCUGCACAGUCCGAUUUCGACAAACAGGGCCCCUUAUCGCUCGACAGAUUUUUAGGUUCAGCGACGACAAUCUUGUUAACGCUCGUUUUGACUACAGUUAUAAUAACCUCCGAAUCACUAGCAUGCAGGCUAUGAUCAAUGAAACUCCUCUGCCCAUUGAUCUUUAUCGUCAUGAUGAUGUGUCAGGACGGACAGAACAAUUUGGGAAGUUCAGUGUGAUCUAUUAUGAUCUAAACCAGAUUAUUACCACCACUGUUAUGACACACACCAAGAGAUUUAACACUAAUGGCCAAGUGAGAGAGGUCCAAUUUGAGAUCCUGAGAUCCAUUACAUAUUGGAUGACCAUUCAGUAUGACAACAUGGGACGUAUGAUAGUGUGUGAGAUAAGAGUUGGAACUGAUACCAAUCUUACUAAGCACUCCUAUGAAUAUGAUGCUGAUGGGCAGCUGCAAACUGUUUCAGUUAACAAUAAACCCCAAUGGCGUUACAGUUAUGACUUAAAUGGAAACAUUAACUUGAUGAGCUAUGAAAAUAGUGCUCAUGUAACUCCACUAAGGUAUGACCUGCGAGAUAGGAUUACCAGAUUCGGAGAAGUACAGUACAAAAUGGAUGAGGAUGGCUUCCUCCAGCAGAGGGGUGAUACGAUAUUUGACUACAACUCCAAUGGUCUACUCAACCGGGCAUAUGAUAAUAUUGCAGGUUGGAGUAUGUUGUAUCGAUACGAUGGAUUAGGAAGACGUGUAGCCAGUAAAACAAACAUUGGACAACACCUGCAGUUUUUUUAUGCAGAUCUGAUUCACCCAACCAGAGUCACUCAUAUGUAUAACCAUACAAACUCUGAAAUCACAUCACUCUACUAUGACCUUCAAGGUCAUCUCAUAGCUAUGGAGAUCAGCAACGGUGAAGAGUUUUACAUAACCUGUGAUAAUGCAGGGACUCCCUUAGCUGUGUUCACUAAUUCUGGGCAAUUAAUUAAGCAGAUGCAAUACACACCCUAUGGAGAUAUUCACCAAGACUCCAACUCUGAUUUUCAAGUUAUCAUUGGUUUUCAUGGUGGGCUUUAUGAUCCUCUGACAAAGCUUAUACAUCUAGGCCGUCGUGAUUAUGAUGUUGUGUCUGGACGAUGGACAACACCAAACUAUAAUCUCUGGGAAGACUUAAACAGCAAUCUGUUUCCAUUUAAUCUAUAUUCAUUUAAGAAUAACAACCCAAUCAGCGCUGUUCAGGACAUCACCCAUUUCACUACAGACAUUGGAAGUUGGCUGCAGCUUUUUGGGUUCCAGUUGCACAAUGUAGUGCCUGGAUUUCCAAAGCCAGAAAUGAAUGUCAUGGAAGCAACCUAUGAACUUCUGAAAACUCAAUCCAGAACACAAAAUUGGGAUCCGAGCAAGGUUGUUUUAGGUGUACAGUGUGAACUACAGAAGCAGCUCAAAAGCUUCAUUUCCCUGGAACGUCUGCCCCAGGCUUACAUAAGGAACCGCAAAAAUUGCCAAGAAAAUCGACCAAAAUUUGCUGCAGUUCCUUCCAUGUUUGGUAAAGGAGUGAAGUUUGCAAUUCAGGAUGGUAAGGUAACUGCUGACAUCAUUGGAGUUGCCAGUGAUGACAGCAGACGAAUAGCAGCCAUUCUCAACGGGGCUGAUUAUCUGGAAAGUCUUCAUUUUACCAUUGAUGGUCGUGAUACUCAUUACUUCGUUAAGUCAGGACCUCUAGAAGAAGACCUAGCCAUAAUUGGGAAUACAGGAGGAGGUCGUGUACUGGAAAAUGGUGUCAAUGUGACUGUCUCUCAGAUGACCUCUGUAGUGAAUAGAAGGACUAGAAGGUUUGCAGACAUUCAGCUACAGUAUGGAGCUCUAAGCUUCAACAUUCGGUAUGGUGCCACCACUGAAGAAGAAAAGAUCCAUGUGUUAGAAAUGGCCAGGCAGAGAGCUGUAGCCCAAGCCUGGGCAAAGGAACAGCACAGGGUGCAAGAAGGGGAGGAGGGUAUCAGGUCUUGGACUGAGGGAGAAAAGCAGCAGCUUCUCAGCAGUGGAAGGGUACAAGGCUACGAUGGUUUUUUUGUAUUGUUUGUGGAACAGUAUCCGGAUCUUUCCGACAGUGCCAACAACAUCCAGUUUAUGAGACAGAGUGAAAUAGGAAAGAGGUAACGGUGAAGAAACACCUGCCUUUCAGUCACCAAAGACUGCCUGUUUUUAAGACAUUUGUUGAUUUGCUGUAUUCUUUUCUAGAAUGAUAUCCUGUAAAUAUUGUGAUGGAGAAACAAGUCAAUUUUCAAGCUGCCUUCAAAUGUGAUAAAAUAUGGUAUUUUAAUAAUACCCCUGUUUAGCAUUCCUUUUAGUGGUUAGACCACACAUCUGGUCCAUAAUCAGUAAUAUUGGAAAAAUAGUGACCCGUCCAGAUCAGACAUAAUUCUAUAUUUAGGUCCAGAAUGCACUAGUAGGGGUUGAGUGCAUUCAUUAAAUACUGUAUUUUGUCUCUAAUGUACCACUAGAAAAAAUGCCAACUGUGUUCUUCAUAACAGUUCAGACUCAUGUAUUUUCUGUCACAAAAUGAUUGUCUAAGGGUGUGUGGCAUUAUUGGGCUACAUAUAUUAGCUAAAGCUAUUUAAUUUUGAUAUUCUUUAUUUUUUAUUUAAUCAUGAAUUGUCUAUAAUACUGUGAACAAGGAGAGUAUGUAUGGUUGAUGUAUAAAGCACAGCACACCUAUUUUAAACUGCUUAUAGUGGUGGGUGUGGUGAAAGUCUGAUGUGCAUUAUUGCCCCAGUAAAGCAUACCUCUAUUGUUCACCAUUAAUACCAGUUCUUUCCUCAUUUAAAUUAUUUGAUGGUGUAAUUGCUAGGUUAAUGAGCAAUUUGGUUUUCUCUUUCAGGUAUAACCGUAUCAGAAGGUACACACACAAUUGUAACUUCUUUACUAAAUUUUGUGUAACUAAUUUAAGAUGUAGUCUCGGCAAAAUGUCAACAAGAAAUUGCAGUAUAAGAAGGACAAGCCAGACAAGCUGUUAAUCUUUUUAAUUAUGUUGUGAAGUUACUGGUAGACAUUAUUAUUGCCAGCCAUUGCGACCUGCUAAUUGUUAGUGUUUUCAUGUACUGAGUAUGCAAUCUGCAUUCAAGCAAGAUAAUGAUGGAAGUUAGUUCUGGAUUUGUGGAAACAGCUGAU